CAUUCACCCCGCAGCGCGAUGCCUGCAGCUUGCACCCUGCUGCUGCUGCUGGGGCUCGGGCUGGUCCCGCCGGCCGGGUCGUUGCCCCUCGCUUCCCCCCGGCGCCUUCCUCCUUCUCCUCCUCCUCCUCCUCCUUCGUCCCGAAGCCGCCUCGGUCGCCCUUGCUCGCCUCCAGCCGCGGGACACGCCGGCAUCCCGGUCAUUGAAAGCAGCCAUCAGAUGAGAAGAAGUUGGGACGUGGAGAUGAGGACUUCUGGUUCUCUUGUGGACAGCACGGAGCUGGUGACCAUGCUGACCAGGAGCAGGGAGGAGGCACCAUUGCCUGCCAGGCACAGUGUGGUGUCAGUGACAAGUGGGGCCACGGGAGAUGUUGGUCCCCCCGGUGGUGGUGGGGAUGUCACUCUACCUGGAGCAGGACACCUGUCUGCUGGGACAGUGACCCACCUACUUGGUGACAGCCAUCUCCCUGCCACUGGAAGCCAUCAUGGUGCUGUGGGCAGCUGGGAGAGAGGCAAGAGGGCUCUGGCAUCUCCCAGCACUCCUGCAGCUGCCAAGGGGAUGCCACCAGUUUUGGCAGCUGUCGGCACUGGUUCAGCUAAGAGGACACUGGGCGGGCACCGUGGGGCCUGGGAUGUGGCAGGGUUUGACAACACAACGAGAAUGGUGCUUCUGCCUUCAUCUGCAGAGACUCGUCACCCAGGGACCAGCAACCCAUCUCGACCGGCGAGUGGCUGGGUGGGCACGGAGCCACCCGGCAUCCCUCCCACAAGCACUGCAGCUGCCUCACCCAGCCCCUCGGGGAGCAGCAGGGUGAUGCUGAGGCCCCUCCCCAGCACCCCUGUCCCUGGCUCUCUGGGACAGCCCCAGUACUCCCGCCAGGCUACCAGCUCCCAGACUCGUGCAAACCACGUCAUGCUGCACCCCGGGAAUGUCACGGGGGACUCCACAAGCUCUUUGCUCUCAGCAUCACCUGCCACAGAUGGUGCUUUGGGAGCAGUUGGAAGCAGCUACCAGCCAUCCAACAUCUCAUCCGCGGAGAGGAGAGAGUCAGAUUUCCCCACCUCCAUUUCCACAACAGCCAACAACAAGGGCGGAGGGAGGACGCUGAGGUCUCUGCCAGCCAGCACCCGGCUGGCUGAUACAGCAGAGAUUUCCACCUCUGGUACUGAAGUCACCAGCUCUUCAGACCAGACCCCAGCUCCUGGGAUGUCUUUGGGAGCUCAGGAUGGGGGUGGCAGAGAUGCCACAGACACGUUCCUCUCGGGCUCGCCGUCUGCUUCAGAGAGCACUUUCAUGACCUUCAGCAGCAAUUACCAACCCAAGAGCAUCCCAGCUGCAGAAGAGGCAACGCUGCACUCGGGUGCCCACGGUGCUGACAUGCCCAGCAUGGCAGCCAGGACACCAGGAUCCCCUGCAAACAGCCACACAGCCAGGGUGACAGGGAGCUCUGCCACCAGCACCAACACCACCAGCUCUUUGCAGGGCAUCUUCUCCUCCUUGAGGACUGGGACACACCAUCCUAAUGGCUCAUGGGCAGCCAAUGAUCUCCCAGCAACUCCCAGGGAGCCUUUGAUCACAAGUUCUCUCCCUGCCUCCAGAAGUACUUCCAGAGGUGUCAGAAGCAGCCAUGCACCAGUAGACAGUCCAACGACAGAGAAAAAACCCCUUGCUUCCUCUCCCACCAGUCCUUUCAUUUCAGCCACGGCCACCGAUGGCGGUGGGAGGCCCCCAGGGUCUGCCACAGGCAGUGGCCCGUGGGCAGCAGAAGUCUCCAUGUCCAGCAGUGGCACCUACAGGACCUUGGGCACGGUCCAGUCCUCAUCUGCAUCUUCUGUGAGAGAGACCUAUGGAGUCCAUGGGUCCAGAGAAAGAACAAAUUUCACCAAGUGGAUAGCAGACCCUUUGCUAUCACGCUCUCACUCUCCUUCAGAAGGUCCUUCCCCAGCUACUGGAAGCAGUCAUGUGUCAUUCAGGAUCCUGUCAACGGACAGAAAAACAGAUUUCCCCAUCAUCAGCACCUCCAUUUCCACAACAGCCAGCAAGGGUGGAGGAAGGACACUAAGGUCUUUGUCAGCAAGCACCAGGCUGGCCCAAACAACAGAGAUUUCCACCACUGGUACCAAAACCAUUGGCUCUUCAGACCAGACCUUGUCCUCUUUGGCACCCCAGGGUGGUGGUGGCAGAGGUGCCACCGUGUCAUCCACGGACCUGCUGCUCACAGGCUCGUCGUCUGCUACGGAAGGUGCUUCCUCAGCAGAAGGGACCUCAGCUAUGGGAGGGCGCCUGCCCAGUGCUCCUCUCAGCAGUACACCCACCUCAGCAACAGCCACCAGCAGUGGGGAGAGGACCACAGUGCCCGUGUCAGACACCCAUGGAGCAUCCAGCAUGGCAGGGAGCUCUGCUCCUGCUUCAGCCCACACCAGGUCCUUGGACGUGGUCCUUCUGACGCCCUCAGCAGCAGCAGAGCCUGACAGGCAGCACCACGUUUCACAGAGCGAUGCUGGGCUCAGCGAGCCUGCAACGAAGCUGCUGCCUGCCUUUUCCCCUGGUGUGUCGGUGCCUUCACCUUCUCCAAGUGCUUCAGUUGCAGAGAGCGGAAAAAGAGUUUCUGAUGCUCCUACUGAUACCAUGUACACUUCAACAGCAUUCUCCAGCUACAAGGAGGGGACAUCUCAGGCUGCUGUUAACCAUGGCACAUGGAGCACAGUGGCAAAAAGCCCGACAUCUCACCUAGACACAGCUGGGGUGCCCAGCACUGGCCCCCUGCCAUCCUCCACAGUAUGGCCUGGAGUGGAACACAUGUUGUCCAGCCGUGUGGAGCACCCAGAGGCUGGGGGAACCCUCUCAUCUAGAGUCUUCACCUACUUCUCGUCUGCUGGUGAACCUUCCACCAUGGGCAGCAGCCAUCCCUCCCUAAGGAGCUCGAGUGCUGAGGAAAGGAAUUCCAGCCCCAUCACUGACCCUGCGUACAGUUCAUCCACGUCUGUUGGUGGUGGGGAGAGGACACUGCCCUCGGUGUUGGACAGCAUGCUGGCUCGUGGCUUCUCUGCAGAAACUGCCAGUGCUCCAGGGCCAGCUGAGGUGGUGUCAGUGGAGCAGAGGGGGACAGCAAACACCUCCACCAGCCAUGGGAGUUCUGUGACGGAGACGCUCUAUGUACGUUCUUCCAAGAGACCCACUUCUUCUUUCCAAAAUGAUCUCACAAGCUUUUCAAGCAGUCAUCAGCCAGCCAGUGGCAUUGAUGCUGAGAAAAGGACCUCCGUUUCUCAUACAGAUGGCACAUACAUUUCAACCACAUAUACCAGAGGAGGAGAAAGGACACUCCUGUCCAUCUCAAAUAGCAGCACCUCUGCCGACUCCUCAGAAAGUUCCACCUUUUUUUCUGAAAUUUCCAACCCUUCUGAUUCAUUGAAGUCUUCUGUGGCACAGGACAGAAGGAGCAAUGUAUCCAGUGAUGGCAGUUUUGUUGAACCAUCUACAGAGCCAUUGCUGGUACACUCUUCCAAACUGGUGACUUCUGCUUCUGCAGGCAACGUACCAAAUACAACUCUCAUCAGCACUGACUCUGAGUUGUUGACCACUGGCAGAUCAUCUCUAUCUUCAUCAGCAUUUCCAGCCUCUUCCUCAGUGUCGUCACUGCAUCACUCGCUCUCAUCAACACCACCACCAACUUCUUUGUUUACAUCAUCAGAGUCAUCUAAGCCACUCUCAUCUUCUGUGAUGGCAUCUUCUCCCCCUCUGCAGGCUUUGUCAUCCUCCUUGCCCACUUCCUCAUUGCUUUCCUCAUCUUAUUCAUUAGCAUCUUUAUUGCCUCUGUUUUCAUCACCAUCAUCCAUCUCACAGUCCAAUGACAGUGAUCAAACAAGCACCUCUGUAGCUACAACUGUGGUCAGACGGGUGCCUUCCACAGCUGCUGUGGCCAGGAGCUCACCCAGAGGGACCAACAAGCACAAUGUCACGCACCAGCCCCAAAACGGCACCAUCUUCACCUCCACUGGGUCUCCACUCCCCACAGCACCCAUGGAGCAGCUUGGUGGACGCAUCGUGUCCAUGUCCACUCCUGUGGUGGUAACAGAGACUGUCUCACUGAGUGCCACCACUGCCCAGCGGGGCAGCUUCGGGAAGGCAACGUUGCUGCCCACCCCAGGUGGUGAUGCCCCACAGGCUCAGCCAACAGAUGCACCCCUUGCUCCCUCACCCAGUGCAACAAACCACAGUGUCAUUGUCCCUGCAGUGGCACUGACCACGGUGAAACCUCCUGUGCUGACAACACCAGCCAGUCACCAGCCAAGCCCAGCUGAUGCUAGCACCACAAAAGCCCACAGAGCUCAAACACCUGCUGCCACUAAGCAUGCAUAUACCACUGCUAAAAGCACAGCAGCUGUGGAUCCUACCACUGCAAGGCCUGGUAAAGUCACUGAAGAAAACAUCCCUGUUACAAGUUCUUCUGAAGCCCCUCCAGUCAGUAAGACCACAGCGAGCAUUGCAACUACUUUGGCUGCUACCAAAACAACCACUGUUUCUCUGUCAAGUAGCACGGCUGGGUUGAGGACAUCAUCUCCAGCAACAGAAGUGGAUAAAUGUCUUUCCAACCCUUGUCCUGCGCUGGCCACCUGCAACAACACCCAUGAUUCCUAUAUCUGUCAAUGUCCUCUUGGAUAUGAGCUGGAAAAAGGAAAGUGCAAUUUAGUGAGAAUAUUUAUUGGCCAGGUCCCCCUGAAACUUAAUAUUACCCAUGGAAAGUAUGCAGAGCUCCUCCAUGUUGAGGGUGAAAUCCUGGCGAUGCUCAAUGCAUCGCUGUCAGGCUUGCCAGGGUACCACCACUCCACAGUUAAGGCAACCAGGGAGGCAAAUUUUGUGCAUGUUUCAGUGCAAUCCACGUUCUCUUUAGCAUCCAACGUGACUUUCUACGAUGUUGUGGGCAGCGUGAAAAGCUACAUUCGAGGUUGUAAAUCCCCCACUGAAACGUGCCAGUUCAUCUCCAGCCUGAAACCACUCCACAGAGUUGGCAGCUUGUGCAAGCAGAAGGACCCCGAAUGUGACAAGGAAACAUCUGAAUGCACCGACUUUGAUGGCGUUGCGCUCUGCCAGUGUAAAAGUGGGUACUUCAAAUACAACAAGAUGGACCACUCCUGCAGAGCUUGUGAAGAUGGAUAUAAGCUGGAAAACGAGACCUGUGUGAGCUGCCCAUUUGGCUUAGGUGGAUUCAACUGUGGAAACCCAUAUCAGCUCAUCACUGUGGUGAUCGCGGCCGCAGGAGGGGGACUUCUGCUUGUCAUGGGCAUAGCACUGAUUGUCACCUGCUGCCGGAAGAAUAAAAAUGACAUAAGUAAACUCAUUUUCAAGAGUGGAGAUUUCCAGAUGUCACCGUAUGCUGAAUAUCCAAAGAACCCCCGAGCACAGGAGUGGGGCAGAGAGACCAUCGAGAUGCAGGAGAAUGGAAGCACCAAGAACCUGUUGCAGAUGACAGAUGUGUAUUAUUCGCCAACGGGACUGAGAAAUCCUGAACUGGAAAGAAAUGGACUUUAUCCUCCCUACACUGGUUUGCCUGGAUCUCGACAUUCAUGCAUCUACCCCGGACAAUACAAUCCAUCCUUCAUUAGUGAUGAAACCAGAAGAAGAGACUAUUUUUAGUGAGGAGUGGAGAGGGAGUGGAAGAUUGACACAGUUUUGUGGCCCUUAAUCCCCAGGUACAAUCUCUCCUGGGCAGUUCUGCCCACAUCAUUCUUACUCUUCCCAUCUAACAGAAAGGACAUUGAACUCCAUGCCAAGCAUCGCUGCCCUGAGGAGCAGUUAUAUCUGCUGAGCAGCAGAGAGAAGGAGGAGGGAACAGCUCAAGGUGCGCAGCAUUAGAAGACCCAGAUGGAAGUUAACAUGUGUGCUCUGGAUUUGUUCUGUGCUGCUUCUUCAUUCUUUACGCUACAUGGCAAGCAUGGAUCAGUACAGGAAGAUAAACUGUGCCCAGCACUCUGCAUUGAAUACCACUAGGGAGUGUUUUGUUUACAGAUCUUGUUCACUGUUGACUGUGCUUGUCAUCUUCGCCAGCCUUCACAUAGAUUCACUGUGCAACUGCUUUUGGUAGGGCAAAUUUGUCCACUCCCUUUUAUGUUGCUGCAUUGCUUUCUGCUUUGUACAUGACAGGGAAGCUGGCUUGUUCUCUGGCCUUCAUCUUUCUAUUGGUAGAAGUUCUCCAGAUGGUUGAGUCCUUGCUGAAGCCUGGUGCCUGGCAGUGUUGGCUGAAUUCAUGGGUUGAUUGUCUCCAAGGAGUACAGGAAAGUUAGACAUACUACUGCAAUUUUAACAGAAAAAAAAAGACACAGUUGAUCCUAUGUGCCACUUUGAAAACCUGCUGUAUGUAGGGGAGAGUCUGAGUAUGUUGUUUUGUCUGCCACUGUUGUUCAGAUGUGAUGCCACCUCAUAGUGCUUCCCUAGAGGGUCUUAUGGGGCUCUGUUUCCCUGCAGGGAUUUAAAUACCUGUGGAAACAGUAAUGUUAAAUCAUUCCUCACAGGAAAGAAAAAGAUGAGCUGGGAAUUCAGUGUGUUCAUUAUAAGGAAUCUGGGAAGGAACAAUAAUGCUAUAGCCCUGGCUGGGCAGUGGAACCUGAGCUCCGGACACUGCAAGAAAGACAUAAUUUUUAAGCCUCCACAGCCCACCUGGAUUUUUGUAGGAGCUGUGGACGCUUUAAUUACAUCAAAACGUAAGGCAACUGCAGUCAGUUGCAUUUAAGGGAGAGAAAACCAUGAUGCUUUCAAUCCUAGUGAAGCAAAGAUCACUUUAUCUUGAAGUGUUUUGCUUUCUACCAUCCUAGUUUCGAGUGAUUCAGACCAGGCAGGUUUCUUCACCUAGGUGUGUUAAUUCAUAUCAAUCACCUCAUAAAAAGCUGAAGAAUGCAAAUUAUUCCAUGUAUCUCCAAAUAUGAGAUUGAAAGCUCAAGGACUGUAUUCUGACCUGAGCUGGGUGUUGAAAGAGAUCUUAUUAAUGAAGGAUAUUUACCACUUAUCUUUACUGCAGUCAUCCAAACCCUGUCCAGAUACAGGGUCCAGAUACAGACCUCUCCUCUGAAUGUGACUGUGCUUUUAAUUCAAGGUGGCUGCUUAUAUGAGGAUAUCAAAUUACAGAAUUCCUUAGCCAUUAACCCACCAUCUCUGUUGUGUAUACACAAGAAGCCAGUUUCAGUGAAGGGCACAUACCCUCUGAUAUUCCCUUCUCCUCUGCUGAGCUUGAAAGGACACAGUGCUUACAAGUAAGUUCAUGAGGUAGCUCAGUUCACUGGAGGACUAAGGACCAUGGGAUGUGUCCCCCAGAAUGCCUAACCCCAGUAGGAACAGCAGUUUAGAGGCUGAUGUGUUGUGGGGUUGCUCACUGUAGGCAAACCUGGGGUGAUGCUCCAUCAGGGAGCAGGUAUCGGUGUCCUAGAGAUGAUGUGAGUUCCCAGAUCUUUUCCCAGCACUUUGAGGGCUGUUGUGUUCACUAACUCCUGGUCUGUAUCUCACAGCAAAUUGCAAGGGAUUUGAGUGGAAAUGAGAUGGGGCUAUUCCUAAUUGAGAUCACACUAAGUUCAUUUCUUAAUGAUCUUCAAAUUCUUCUUAAUGCUGUAUCUGGAGUGAAAGGGUCUCAGUAAACCCAGAAGGAUUUUCUGAGUGAGGACUGUAAAACAUGACUUUUUGCAAAUGAAAGAACUUAAUUGCUCUGAAGUUUUCUCUCUGCCAGACCAGGUAAGCAUUCAGAAAUUUCUUACAAGAAUAUCUGUUGCAGUUCCUCUUAGCUUUGGUAAGAAAGAAGUCAUGGAGCCACAGUGUGCUUUGCCAGUUUAUGACAGUUAUUUUACAGCAAUUAUUUACUACCACAUCCCAGCAGCAACAGGCUGGCCUGGUGUGGCAGGGAUGUGACCUGUUUCUAUGCAGCUUGCCUCUGUUAAAGCUGUCAUUGGGAUCCUAUCUGUCUGCUUCCAUCUCUGCCAUAAACUAAGCACCUGCUGACAAUGGAGUGGGAUUUGUCACUCCUGUUGGUUGUGAGAAGGGUCUUCACAUGCCCUCAAGCCCACUUUCAAAUGUGAAUGCCUCCCUGUUGAAUACCUAACUCCCCAUAGGAUGUCUAAAUUACCACAGCUUAUUUCUCAAACUAUUUAGAUUACUUUUAGCUACCCCAAAUUGCAAUUUUUGAGCACACUGGAUGUUUUUGCCAUGGGAAAUUGCUCUCUGCUCUCCAAGAGGAUAAGACAGAAGUGGCAUGUUUCUUGUAAGGAGGAUGCAAGUGGUUCAGCCAGAUAUGAGGAAAGGAAGAAAAAUUACACCAAUGCAGCAAAGAAAUCUGCUCUUGCUCCUGGCAGCUGUGAAAUCUAGGGGAGCUGUCAGCAAGGGCCCAUGGGCAGUUGUUUGGGUGUAUUUUUCAUCAACUUUGGAAAAAUGCUAAGUCUGUUGUUUGACAGGAAAAGAUACGGGAAGCACGCAUUGCUGCUGUGGUACUCUGCCAAUCAUGCUGACAAAAGCCCCUUACCCCCAGAAACACCCCCGGCAGCCAGCCUAGGAGAGGCAGCCCCAGUGAACAAAACAGCAAAGCACAGAUUUCAGGGAUCAUUCAGAAGGGAGGCUCGUACGCGUGGCCUUCCGGUGUCCCUGCCGUGUACUGCUGCUCAUCCUGGCCAGCCCUCCCAGCUGCAGUGGAAAAGUCAGGGGCAUUUUUCAUACUGUUGAAACCUCACAGCACUGAAUGAGGUUUCAGUCAUAUGAGGAAAAAUCAGGGCAGGGGCAUUUUGAUGGCCUUUGCCCUCCACAUAGAAAACAUUAGGUAACAUGGCAGCAAUGAAUCUCACUGCUGUUACAGCAUUUCCCGUAAGUUCCUCUGUCACCAUCAUGUUCUGAGUCAUCUGUCGUCACCAAUAUUCUACAAGGUAUGUGCCUUCACACUGAGGGCUAGUAAAAGGCUUUAAAAAUAGCAAUAAAUUGCAGCUAGAGAGGAGUGUUGGUCAUCAUGAAAUCAUUUCAGCUGGUUGCUUGCUGGGACCCGAGUGAACAGCACAGUGGGUUUGGACAUUGCUUCAGACGUGCCAAGCACUUCCCCAGGACUUGAUUCUAAUGCUGGUCAAUGGCCCUAUCCGUUCCAAAUCCAGCUGGACUUCUCAUUCCCUCAUUGUGAUGUUUAAUCUUUAGCUUUCUUCCUUAAAUUAACCAGAACGGAUGCAUUUUACUUAAAUGCUCUUCCUAUGCUGACUAAUGUUUUUUCCUCUUUACACCCAAAGGACCUAAUCCAGCAUCCAUUAUAGUAACUGGGGUAACUUUCCCAUGGACUGUAAUGAAGUGAGGUUUUUUGGCCUGAAUUACUCCACCACCAGGGUCCCACUUGUGUAGUGCCUGCUUUCCUGUGGCUCUGUGUUCUACCUAUUUCUGUGAUACUGUUGCUGGCUUUCCAUGUUGUAUUUAAUUUUUAAAAGUAUACCUAACUACUGUAGCAGGACCUGUGUUACGUGAGAUUGAACAGAACAGGUUCAAGAUCUGAAACACUUUACUAAGAGAAAGAAUGUGAAUUUUGCAUAGUUGUUUUACUGCUCAGCCAACCUGUUCUCUGUUGUAUAAGACCUAUGGAUGUAGAGGUGCUUCCUGCAGUCACAGAUAAGAACUCCUCUUCAGUUCACUCUCACUUGUCCCUUCAGAAAUGAGGCAAGAUCUCCCAGUUUCAGAAGGUGUAUGCACUGUGUGCUUGUAAGAUCUUGGAAGCUUUGCAAAGUGUAUUUAAUUCUUUAUUCCCUUGAACAGUUGAAAUUGAAAAGUAGGGCAGAAAUCCAUGAAGGGGUAAGAAAUAACACAAAAAAACCCCAACCAACCAAAAAAAAAGAACCCCAAAAAGAAAAUAAAUUAAUAUUAAUAUGUUUUACAGAAGGUAAUGUUUAAAGUGAGUGUGGCUUCUGUACUGUACGGUCAUAUGUGGAAUGGCACCUCUUCUGCAUCUUCUUUGUACUGCAUGAGCGUAAUAUCCUGGUUGAGGGAAAACCUAGAAAGGGUGCCUGUUGUUCCUCAAAAGUAGUAUGUAAAUGCUAAGUCCCUUUGUCUGGUAAAAUGCUAGAAGGGAUGGGAGUUUUCUUUGGGUCAAUGACUGCAGCAGGCAGCCUCCAGAUCUGCAAAAUCCUGUGUGGAAAAGUCCUGUGGAAUACAGUACACACUGAUCACUUCUCUUUAACAGUGCCAUGGAAUUCACCUGACAUAAAAGGUCUCCAGUAAAAUCUGCUAGGAUGUGUUUACUAUAAGAAAGGAAAGAAAACAAACCCAAAAACCCCAAUAGAAUUAAUACUUACUAGUUUUUUUGGUCUUUUUGAAAGGAAAUUCUGUUAAACUCAGUAUUUGUUUUAAGCUCUGUUAAAUCCUACAUGAUUUUCUCCUAACAGAAAGUCAAGCUUGGUGUGUAAAAUCGUUAUGGUUUAUUUGAGCAGCUUCCAUAAUUGCAGUAGUAAAGCUCACCUUUUGUGAGGUCUAUGUCAAAAGAUAAGUUUUCAGCAAUUGUUUGUGCUUCUUUUAUGAACCUGAAUGUAAACUGCUUUAUGUUCUUAACAUUGCUGUGUUUCCUUCCCUCUAUCUCUAUUGUUUGCUUCCAAGUUGCUGGGGUUCUGAGGACAUUUUUCAAACCAGUAUUAUUUAAAGUUGUAUCAUAUUUUCAGCCUCCACUAAUCACACAGUACUGUAGUAGCAAAAUAUAAUUUUUAAGGAUUGGAUUAUUUUUAUACCUGCAUCCAAUAUUAUUAAAUCUGGCGUUCUAGUCAGUAUUAUAAAAGGAUACAAUAAAACUAUGAAUAUUACUA